AUGCUAAAGUCUCAGCAAUUGGUUAUUUCGAGAGCGCCAACUGGUAUCUUUCUAAUCAGGUCGUUUAGUGUUAAUAGUAAGCUAUAUUCUGCAUCUUCAAAAUUGGCAAGCAAUGAAAAAUCAUCGAAAGAUGCCAAGAAAAUACCUUCUCCAAGACAAUUGAAAGAAUAUUUGGAUCAAUAUAUUAUAGGUCAAGAAAUUGGCAAAAAGGUAUUAAGUGUGGCAGUAUAUAACCAUUAUUUGAGAAUCAAUGAUAAACAGAAAAAAAUACAAAAAGCUGCUGAAUUAGAGCUUCUUGAGAAAGAAUUGAAAGAGAAGGAAGUUGAUCCCGCUGAUCCAGUAUACUCUGGAACCAGUGAAUCUUUAGCUGGCAUAAAAAAUUUACGUAGACAAUUAGAAAUUGCAAAAGCAAAUGAAGAUAAUGAUUUAACAUUAAGUAAGAGUAAUGUCUUGGUUGUAGGACCUACUGGUUCAGGUAAAACGUUACUAGCUUCAACGUUGGCGAGAGUCUUAGAUGUACCAAUUGUCAUUACUGAUUGUACCCAAUUGACACAAGCAGGGUAUAUUGGUGAUGACGUUGAAAAAUGUAUAGAAAAGUUACUUGUUGAUGCUGAUUUUGAUGUUGCAAAAGCUGAGAGAGGUAUUGUUGUUUUAGAUGAGAUUGAUAAACUUGCAAAAUCAUCAAAAAAUAUUAUGUCAAAAGAUGUUUCUGGAGAGGGUGUACAACAGUCUUUAUUGAAGAUCAUUGAAGGUCAUCAGGUAGAGGUAGUAGCCAAAAGACCAAUUAAAGUGAAAUUUGAUGAGAAAAAUAAUAAAUCCGUUGGGAAGAAGGAGGAAACUUACAUUGUGGAUACGUCAAAUAUCCUUUUCAUGAUAAUGGGAGCAUUUGUUGGCUUGGAUAAACAUAUAUCUACAAGAAUAUCAAAUAUGAAACUUGAAAAAGAACAAGAGAACAAGACUAAAAAAGGUGAACCUAAGUCAGAAAAGAGAAAACUUACAGAAGAAAAUUCUGAAGAUGUUAAAGAAAUAUCUAACAAUAAAAUAGAUGAAAUAACGUUGGACAAUGGAAAGACUAUUCCAGCUCUAAACCUUACUUCUCCUGCCGACUUGAUAAGUUUUGGUAUAAUACCAGAAUUGGUUGGUAGAGUGCCGAUUGUUACUGCAUUGCAACCACUUCAUCAAAAAGAUUUAUUUCAUAUUUUAAAGGAACCUAAAAAUGCUUUGUUGAAUCAAUACAUUUACAUUUUUAAACAAUUUGGUGUUGACUUAUAUGUAACAGAUAAAGCUUUGACUAGAGUGGCCGAUUUUGCCUUAAAAGAAGGAACUGGUGCCAGAGGUUUAAGAGGUAUAAUGGAAAGAUUAUUGUUAAAUGUGAAUUAUGAAUGCCCAGACAAUGAUAUUGCCUACGUAUUAGUUAAUGAAGAUACUGUGAAAUCACUACAACAAACUGAAUACUCAUUGGCUACCCACGUUGAAGCCAAAUUUUACACCAAAGAUGAAGUUAAUUUGUUAUUAGAAGGACUUCAAAAAGAAGAUGCAAAGUUAGCUGAACGAUUAAAACGAAAGCUCAAUAGAAAAAGUUUUUAA